AUGUUAAUCAGUUCAUUAGAAGGUGCUGAUAAAAUUGUUAAACGAUUAAAUACAAGUGAAAAAAUUAACUAUAUUCGUCAAUAUGCUUAUUUAAUACAUCGUCUAUUCUAUGUAAAGUUACGAGAAAGUCAAUGGAAGUAUUAUUAUGAUAUUGGUAUGCAAGAAAAUAUUUGGUUCGGUCUCGUAUCAAAAAAACGGGCUGCUAUGAAUAAGUUUGGCAAUCCAUCAUUACCUCAAUGUCUAUCUGAAAUAAAUCAUCCAUUAGAUUUUACAACAAUGUUCGCAAUGGUUACAGCUGUUGUCGGAAAAGGUCAACAUAAAUUAAAGCGACAAUUUGAAUAUAAUAAAAAAAUUUUAAAAUUAGACUCAACAGAUCAUCGUUUCGUACAAUAUGUUUAUGAUUUGAAACCCAAUAAACAACAAAUUCGUUCUAUUCGUCAUAUAUGA